AUGGCCGUGCCAAAGGAAUCCCGCCACGGUCAGCUCUUCUCGUUCCUGUCGGAGCUUUCACUAUUUUGUGAAAGGAGCUACAAAAAGGAAGGAAGAGGACACGACAACGUAGACAGACAGUCAGAGAGAGAUAAAGAGGAGGAGAGAAACGCGCUCAGUUGCGUUCAGGGACAGCGGAGAAGAGGACGUUUUAUGGUGUUACACUUGUCCGCUUUCCUCACCCACGAGCAGAGUCAGUUCCAGCCGCUGUUUCCCCCCUCUGAUCUUGUUGGCUCGCGCGAAGGCGACGCCAUGGUUCGACGACUAUGUUUUGUGUGUGUGUAUCUUUGCAGGUGGUUCCACAGAGACCUGACAGGCCUGCAGGCUGAGGACUUGCUAAAAAAUCAGGGUAUCCACGGCAGCUUUCUCGCCCGUCCAAGUAAAAAGAACGUGGGAGAUUUCUCUCUCUCUGUCAGGGUGGGCGAGAAUGUGACCCACAUCCGCAUUCAGAACACAGGGGACUUUUACGACCUGUACGGCGGGGAGAAGUUCGCCACACUCUCCGAGCUGGUGGAGUACUACACGGCGGACAACGGCGUCCUGCAAGACAAGGACGGCACCAUCAUCGAGCUCAAGUACCCGCUGAACUGCUCCGACCCGACGACUGAGAGAUGGUUUCACGGCCACCUGUCCGGCCCAAACGCCGAGAAGAUGCUGAUCACUCGGGAAGAAUCGGGCACCUUCCUGGUCCGAGAGUCGCUGUCCAAGCCGGGAGAUUUUGUGCUGACUGUUCUGACGGACGAGCGAAGCAAAACGGGGGCGAGGAGGGUGUCCCACAUCAAGAUCAUGUGUCAGAAUGAGCGCUACACCGUGGGAGGCUCAGAUAUGUUUGACACGUUAAGCGACUUGGUGGAAUUCUACAAACGGAAAGGCAUCGAGGAAAUUUCCGGAAACUGGGUAUACCUUAAACAACCAUAUUAUUCCACCAGAGUGAACGCAGCAGAUAUCGAUAGCCGUGUAAGACAACUGGACGAGACCACGCCCAUGCAGCAUGAGGCCGAGGGCGGGAAGAGCAAGGCGGGCUUCUGGGAGGAGUUUGAUGCUCUUCAAAAGUUGGAGGCAAAGGUGAAAAAGAGUCGAGAGGAAGGCCAAAGACCAGAGAAUAAGACUAAAAACAGAUACAAGAAUAUUCUUCCAUUCAACGAUACCAGAGUCAUCCUGGAGGACGGUGACCCUGAGGUCGUGGGUUCAGAUUAUAUCAACGCCAACUACAUCCGAAACACCUUGUGGGAGUCGGAGAAUCAGAAAGUUUACAUUGCCACUCAGGGUUGCUUAGCCACGACCGUUAAUGACUUCUGGCAGAUGGUGUGGCAGGAAAACACUAGGGUCAUCGUCAUGACAACGAGGGAAGUGGAGAAAGGUCGGAAUAAAUGUGUGCCUUACUGGCCCGACAGCGAGGGCUCCAAGGUGUUGGGGCGCUACGUGGUGUCCAUCAAGUCGGAGUGGGAAGCGGCCGAUUACAAAGUUCGAGUCUUGGAGGUGGCGCUCGCCAGCAAGCCUAAACGUUCCCGCACCGUGUGGCACUACCAGUAUUUGAGCUGGCCCGACCACGGCGUCCCCCAGGAGCCCGGCGGCGUCCUCAGCUUUCUCACGCAAGUGAAUUCUAAACAAGAGGAAUAUCCUGAUGCUGGUCCAAUGAUCAUCCACUGCAGCGCCGGAAUUGGUCGGACGGGUACUAUUGUGGUGAUUGACAUGAUCAUUGAGACCAUCGACACAAUAGGUCUAAACUGUGACAUUGACAUCUCCAAAUACAUCCAAAUGGUGCGAGAGCAACGCUCGGGCAUGGUACAAACAGAGGCUCAGUACAAGUUCAUCUACUUAGCAGUAUCUGAAUACAUCCAGACCACCAAAGCCAAAGAUGGCGCCUCCAUGGAGGCGGAGACAGAGUAUGAAAAUCUACAGCUCAAACACCCCAUGGGAAGCAGGAAUGUCACUAAAAACAAGGAGUCGGAUAUCUACGAGAAUUUCACCAAAGCAAAGAAAGACAAGAAGAAACCAAAGCCCGAAAAGAAAAGUGGCUCAUUAAAGAAAAAAUAA